GCUGGGAACUUUCCCAGUUUACCAGGCAGCUACAGGUGGAAGCUGAGUAGUAUCUCAAACAUUGAGGCUAGCGGGCCCUGCGACCCUUGACGUAAGAGGCGGAAGAGCGUGUCCUCCAGGAAGAGGCGGAGCCGAGGGCAGGGCGUGAACGCUCAAUUUAGGAAUGGGCUCUGGACUUCCAAGCCGCGAGCGAACAGCCUGCCUUCGGCUUGGGGGCCCCAGGAUGGGGCGCUCCGGAACCCCACGGCCCCCGGUACCUACCAAGGAGUAAAUCCAGUCCAGGGUUCGUCGACUCACCGGCCUCAUGGGGUCGCAGCCGCCGCCGCCGGGGUCUCCGCUGUCUCGCGAGGAGGGUGAAGCGCCCCCUCUGGCGCCCGCGGAGGAGGGGAGGCGCCGAAGCCGCCGGGUACGCCUUCGCGGGUCCUGCCGCCACCGGCCGAGCUUGCUGAGCCGGCGGGAGCUGGCCUCCAGCGGCCCAGCGGGGCCUCCGACCGCGUCCUCCGAGAUAAUGGCCUCAGCUGCUAAGGAAUUUAAAAUGGACAACUUUUCACCUAAAGCUGGCACUAGCAAAUUGCAGCAGACAGUGCCUGCUGACGCAUCUCCUGAUUCCAAGUGUCCUAUAUGCUUGGAUAGGUUUGAUAAUGUGUCUUACUUAGAUCGCUGUCUGCACAAGUUCUGUUUCCGCUGUGUACAGGAGUGGUCAAAAAACAAAGCUGAGUGCCCACUGUGUAAACAGCCAUUUGAUUCUAUUUUCCAUUCUGUGAGGGCUGAAGAUGACUUCAAGGAAUAUGUCCUAAGGCCUUCCUAUAAUGGUUCUUUUACCGCCCCCGAGGUUCGAAGGUUUCGCUACCGGACAACCAUGACAAGAGAACGGAAUGCUCUGUACUCCUCUAGCAGUGCUGUGAGUAGAAGAACCACCACCCCGCCAGACAGUGGAGUCCUGUUUGAAGGCUUGGGCAUUUCAGCAAGACCCAGAGAUAUUGAAAUUCCUCAGUUUAUGAGACAGGUGGCAGUAAGGCCGUCAACUGCUGCGGAUGAAAGAGCUUUGCGGAAAAUUCAAGAACAGGACAUCAUUAAUUUUAGACGAACUCUUUAUCGUGCUGGUGUUCGAGUUAGAAGCAUUGACGAUGGCGGCCGCUACAGGGACAUCUCCGCUGAGUUCUUCCGCAGGAACCCAGCUUGCCUGCACAGGUUAGUUCCCUGGCUGAAGCGGGAACUCACGGUUCUUUUUGGAGCCCAUGGGUCGUUAGUCAAUAUUGUCCAGCACAUCAUCAUGAGUAAUGUUACUCGCUAUGAUUUGGAGAGUCAGGCGUUUGUGUCUGACUUAAGACCAUUUUUGCUUAAUCGAACUGAGCAUUUUAUACAUGAAUUUAUCAGUUUUGCUCGAUCUCCCUUCAAUAUGGCAGCUUUUGACCAGCAUGCUAAUUAUGAUUGUCCUCCCUCGUCUGAGGAAGGCAGCCGCUCUGGCUCUUCAGUCAUAACAAUAUCACCAGAUGAAGCUGAAACUCACGAGCUGGACAUGAGUGUGUCCACCGUCAGGCAGGCCCCGUGGGACGAUGAGACUCCCGGACCGUCUUACUCAAGUUCAGAGCAAGUGCAUGUUGCCAUGUCUUCCCUUUUACAUUCUUCGGACAGUUCAGACGAAGAACUUGUCUCCAGAGCCACAUCUCAGAUACAAGGAACACAGACCAAUGACGACGUAAAUAAUGACAGUGACUCAUCAUCAGAUAAUUGUGUCAUUGUUGGCUUUGUUAAGCCACUAGCUGAAAGGACCCCAGAACUUGUUGAACUGUCUUCUGACUCGGAGGAGUUGGGCUCUUAUGAGAAAGUGGAAACCGUGAAGACACAAGAGCAGGAGCAGUCUUACAGUUCAGGUGAUAGUGAUGGUAGCCGAUGUUCAUCUCCGCGUUCUGUCCUUGGAACAGAUGAGCAAAUGAGUAAAAGCCAUUGUGAUUCUGACACAAGAAUAAAAUCAAAGAGAGAAGAGAAGCGAUCUCCAUCAUUGUCAACGCCCAGGGACAGCUCAUCUACACGAGGAGACAGAGUGUGCUCCCCAUACAGCCAUCGGCAUAGGAAGGCUGGAAGGUCAAGGAGCUCAGAUUCGCGUUCCCGGAGCAGAAGUGGACAUGACCAGAGGAGCCAUAGGAAGCAUGGGAAGAAAAGAACGAGGACUAAACGGUCCAGAAGUCGGGAGAGUGGCAGCAGGCCAAGAGCAAGGAGAGACAGGAGGAGGUCAAGAACUCGCGAGAGCAGCUGGUGCAGGAGGAGCCGGACACUGUCUGUGAGCAGCGGGAGCACCAGCAGAUCGAGGUCUCGCAGCAGUGAGCACGGCAAACGAAGAUCCCAGAGCAGAACUCGAGAUCGCUAUUACUUAAGAAACAAUUACGGAAGCAGGUACAAGUGGGAGUAUACGUACUACAGCAGAAACAAGGACCGGGACGGCUAUGCGUCCUCGUACCGGAGGAGGACUCUUUCAAGAGCCCACUACUCUAGACAAUCUUCAAGCCCAGAAUUGAGAAUUCAGUCUUUUUCUGAAAGAACAAAUGCUAGGAAGAAGAAUCACAGCGGAAGGAAGUACUACUACUACGAAAGGCACAGGUCAAGGAGCGUCUCCAGUAAUCGGUCAAGGACUACGUCAGCUGGGCCCGACCGCGGGAGAAACGAAAAGCCUGGAGGAAAACGGAAGUACAAAACCCGACACUUGGAAGGCACUGAUGAAGCGGCUCAGCCAUCUCGAGAGUUUGCUUCCAAAGUGAAGGAUAAUUACCAAAAAUCAUCAAAAUUGGAUGGAAAUUAUAAAAACGAGAGUGACAGCUUCUCAGAUAACAGAUCAUCGGACAGAGAGACAAAGCACAAGAAGAGGAAAAGGAGAGCACGGAGCCUGAGUGUAGAGAUAGUUUAUGAAGGAAAAGCUACCGACACAACUAAACACCAUAAAAAGAAAAAGAAGAAGCAUAAGAAGAAGCACAGGAGGCACCAUGGAGACAAUUCCUCACGUUCCCCAGUGGUUAUAACGAUCGACAGUGACAGCGACAAGGAUUCUGAGGUAAAGGCAGAUGUGGAACGGAGCGAUGGCGAUCUUCCACAGCCUGUGCACAGUGAUGGGUCGGCUCCUUCCCUGGAAGCCUUAGAAACUAAAGAUGUUGUCACAAUAGAAGACGAGCUUGGUGUCCUGGAGAAGGGAUGUGGUGUCACUGCAUGUGCUAAUGACUUGAACACCAGCCAGGCCGUGGCUGGCAGUGGACCACCAGCAGUCGCAGUUGAGCGGACUCUUGAUGUAAGAGAAGGCGGGACCUUUGCUUCUGACGUGGAGAGCCAGUCCAGUAACGUGGCUAUGCAGACCGAGCCAGCAAGACCGCUGCCGUCUCCACAGACCUCGCUGUUGUCAGUGUCUCUUGGUAGAGACUGAUAUGUUUUAAAACUGCCAAAGCAUCUCUUUGAUAAUUCAGAGGCUAUAGAAAAAAAGGAAAAAAGAGGUUAAAAAGUCACCUACUACAGUCUGAAUGACUUCUGCUGGAAAAACUUUGCCUCUUAAAAUAUUGCAAAUCUGUGUGCGUGCGCGCGUGUAUGUGUGUGAGAGAAUUUGUACAAUUCAUUAUUUGUUCAAAAAGUUAUGUAUGUCCCAUACCCAGAUAUAUGCACUUUUAAGUGAAGAAAAUGUUGCUGGCGGUUUAUUUAAAACUUGGGAACCUUUUUAAAUAAAAAAUUAAAAAUUUAGAAGUUAUUUCAUAAAGCCAUAUGGUAUUGACAUAUUUUUAUGGUAGUAUUUUUGAAUUUUUUUUGAGAAUUAUUCUGGAAAUGUGUUAACAAGCUGGGAGAAUGCUUUUGGACAGUUAUUUUUCAUAAAAGAUUUGUAUUAUUCAAAACCAUUUCUUAGGCUGAAGUACAUCAUUUUAAUCUGCACAGGUUAUCUUGGCUUCUGCCAAAAGCAAAGUUUAGUAGUUUCUUUAUAUAAUUGUUUAUCUGGACCUGCACUAAAACAAAUGUGUAUUCAACAAAAGACAAUAAAAUAGUACACUGUAAAAGAAUUCAGAUGUUUUCCUGUACAACAGUGC